AUGGAAUCACCGAUCGUCGCUGCAAUGAAGUUGGUCUGGAUGUUGAUGUCCUUGCAGCUUAUGCUUUUGGCAACUGCUCUUAGUGCCAGACAAUGUGUCAAGCCAACUGCUUCGCCAAAGCCCCCUGAGGAUCCUGACGAUCCCACUGAUGAUCCCUGGGAUCCCACAGAUGACUCAUCGGAGGAUCCAUCUGAUUCGACCGAUGAACCAUGGAAGCCCACUGCUAAGCCCACAGAAGUACCAACUGAACCGCCCUCGAACAUCACAUCUACUGAAAAUCCAUCGGAACCAACUGAAAAUCCAUUGGAUCCCACGGGAAAUCCCACCAACGAACCAUCGGAGCCAACCAAAGAAUCCACUGAAAAUCCAUCGGAUCCCACAGGACAGCCCACUGGAGAAACGUCUAAUCCCUCAGAUCAACCCACUGACAGUCCAACAGAUCAGCCGAGUAAAGAACCAACUGAAGAGACUGAGAUACCGGGGGGAGAAACCACCACUGAAGGUACUUCGGAUUCCACUGCAGAGCCCACAGGAGAGUCAUCAAUUCCCACGCAUGAGCCAGAGGAAUCCUCGGGCGAUCCAUCAGGUCCGACAAGUGCUACCACCGAGACAACUCCCAACGUGGAUGCAAACGCCUCCUGUCGAGCUCAUCAAGGUGUCCAAUUCCUGCCGCAUCCGUACGAUUGCCAUUUAUACAUACAUUGCGAUGGGGAUAUUGGAUUCGUCAAGGAUUGUCCAAGUGAUCUGUACUGGAACUCGGUUAACCAGACUUGCGACAAGACCUGUGCCUAAGCAAAUAAAGUAAAGUACAUAAAGUACAAAUA